AUGACCACGCACGACGGUAUCGAAUUCGGCCAGAAGUUUGCCAACUUCAAUGUCAUUCAGUCUAGCUACAAACGAGUAGGCAAUCAUGAUAUCGGUGUCGAUAUGAUUAUUCCUCGCACGGUGUCGACCGGAAAAAGGCCUCUUAUCGCUCGAUUUCACGGUGGAGGACUUGUAACCGGUGAUUCUCUGUACGAAGCUUGGUUUCCCAAAUGGCUCCUGGAGCUCGCGGAAUCCACAUCCGCAGUCAUCAUCUCCGCCAACUAUCGCUUCUUCCCCGAAGUCGUCGGCCUUGAUAUCCUCGAUGAUGUUGAAGAUUUCUGGACGUGGCUUCAUUCGAAUUAUCCCAAAGACCUACUAGCAGCCCAUUCAACACCGAUAGAGCCUGACUUGGACCGGAUCCUAACCGCCGGCGACUCAGCAGGCGGGCUAUUGGCCGUCUAUUUGACCUUGAGUCAUCCAGAUGAGAUCCGCGCUGGAACAGCAGCCUAUCCCUCGAUUCAUUGGGAUAAAGAGCCAUUGCAUCCACAGACAUGGAAUAAAAAUCUCCCGGAUCUGCCCGUUUCUGUCUACGAUGAAUAUCUCUUGAACAUGAACGUCGAGAACAUCGAAUCCUCCGAUCGAUCGUUGACGCGAACGCCUAUUGCAGCGACAAUGUCUCGCCACAGAAAGGGCUACGAGACUUGGAUUCGUGGCUCUGACGAAUCAUCGCAGUCGGACCGUCUAUUUCAGCUCGCCAGGUUGGACAAGCCAGACGCAAGGCUGCCUCGUGGUGGACUGGUCAUCUUCCAUGGGGUUAAUGAUGAGUCUGUGCCACACCAGGCCAGCGAACGAUUUGUCGAGAAGGCGAGAGACGUCUUGAAGAAUAAACAGGGAGGGGAUAAGGUUGUUCUGGCUUUGAGACCGGGUCCACAUGGCUUUGAGGCAGAUGCACCUUUGAAGGAAGAGUGGAUUGAUGAAGCGUUGAGAGAGGCCGUGAAGGUCUGGCUGGAAUAA